GCCACAGUCGCCAGUCGCUGCAGCUCCUGCGCGCAUUUGUUGAUGUGUGCGCUCUCUCACGUGUAUUCACUCACAUCAGCUGGCGCUUUCGUGUGCGUUGCACUGUCAUUCCUCGACUACUAGUUACCUGGAUCAGCUAUGGCCAGUGGCAGUGGAGAGCCCCAGAAUGACGGGCCAUUGCCAACCUGUGUCAUUGUGCUGGGGAUGGCAGGAUCUGGCAAAACGACGUGGGUACAGCGGUUAACAGCUCAUCUGCAUACUGUGAAAAGACCGCCGUACGUUGUGAACCUGGACCCAGCCUGCAGUCGUGUUCCAUACCCUGCCAAUGUGGAUAUCAGGGACACUGUGAAGUACAAGGAAGUCAUGAAACAGUAUGGCUUAGGUCCCAAUGGUGCCAUUGUCACAUCACUCAACCUUUUCUCCACUCGUUUCUACCAGGUUAUGCAGCUCAUACACAAAAGGAGAUCCGAGCUCGAGUAUGUCAUUUUUGACACACCAGGGCAGAUCGAAGUCUUCACCUGGUCUGCGUCUGGAAACAUCAUCACGGAAACUCUGGCAUCUGAAUUUCCCACCGUGGUUGUGUACGUGAUGGACAUGGUCCGCAGCACGAACCCGGUCACAUUCAUGUCCAACAUGCUUUACGCAUGCAGUAUUCUCUACAGGACAAAGCUGCCCUUUAUUAUUGCCAUGAACAAGGUUGAUGUGGUGGACCACCAGUUUGCAGUGCAGUGGAUGCAAGACUUCGAGGUCUUUCAGGAUGCGCUUCAGGGCGAGACGUCGCACGUCUCCAACCUCAGUCGUUCGCUCAGCUACGUGCUCGACGAGUUUUAUGCCAACCUGAACGCCGUCGGCGUGUCCGCUGUGACGGGAAAAGGUGUGCUCGAGUUCAUCGAGGCCCUGCAGAAAGCUCGUCACGAAUACGACACUGUUUAUCGACCAGAGUAUGAGCAGCUAAAGAAGAAAAAGGAAGACGCGUCAGUGGCCGACCAGCAGAAGCAGCUGGAACGGUUAAGGCUGGAUGUUGCUGAAGGAGACAGUGUUCCUCUCACAGGCAUAGUGCAUGGAGGUGAAGAAAGCGUGGAUGUGCAACCUGGAUUGAGUGAUGAGGAAGAUUCUGAAGAGGAACACCCUAUGGAGGAUGAAGAUGACGAAAAGGAAGAACUCGAGUCGUUCAAGAGCUUUCUUGAACGGGAGAAAACAAAGCGUGCAAAGAAGUACCAAGCACAAGCUGAUGAAAAUACAUGACUGAGCGCAAGGACGACAAAGACAAGAUGCUGAAAUGUACAGUACAUAAAUAAUUUUA